AUGUAUGACAGAAAAAGCCUAAUGAAGUUAGCUAGUUAUACUUAUCGACUCAUAACGAAACGUUUUUCCACUCUUUUCUUGGCGUUAACUGUUGGUGCAAUUUCGGUUGAUUUAAUUGUUGACAAGGGCGGCGAUUAUUUAUUCGAGAGGUAUAACCAAGGAAAGCUAUGGAAACAUAUCAAAGACAAAUAUACAGACGACAAGUCCUUCACAGGAUAA